UAUUUUACACGAUGUAAACCACCAUUAAUCGUUCAACUUCGAUCUAUGUGAACAGACGACAUUAUACGUUGAGCGUUUCACAUUAUUGUAUCAGAAUUUAGUUUCGGGAAAAAAAUUCAACCAGUUUCUAGAAGAUACAAUAGGUACGAUGGCUAGGGUAUUGGCUUUCUUGUCUGUGAUUUUGUUCAGCAUAUAUACGACAGAACAAGCGUAUUUUCUAGAAGAAGAUUUCAUCGAAAAGAUCAACGAAGAAGCAACGACAUGGAAGGCCGGUGUUAACUUCGAUCCAAAAACAUCGAUUGAAAAAAUCAUCAAACUUUUGGGAUCGAAAGGAGUUCAAGCCGCACACAAACUUAAUCCUAAAAUGUACAAAUCAAAAGACGAAGCUUAUGAUAAUAUAUUUGACAGAAUUCCAAAAAAAUUUGACGCAAGGAAAGAAUGGAGACGUUGUAUUACGAUCGGACAAGUACGUGACCAAGGAAAUUGUGGAUCGUGCUGGGCCUUAGCCACGAGUUCAGCGUUUGCCGACCGUUUAUGUAUAGCCACAAAUUAUGAAUCCAACCAACUGUUAUCCGCAGAAGAAUUAACUUUUUGCUGCCAUUUGUGUGGUUUUGGUUGUCACGGAGGUUACCCGAUUAAAGCUUGGGAAUAUUUCAGUAAACACGGUAUCGUUACAGGAGGAGAUUAUAGAUCGGGAGAGGGUUGUAUGCCAUAUCGAGUCGCGCCGUGCAUUCGUGACGAGUAUGGAAAUAGCUCGUGUAGGGGUAAGCCAAUGGAAAAAAAUCACAGAUGCACGAGAAUGUGUUAUGGAGAUCAAGAAAUUGACUUUAAAGAAGACCACAAAUUCACGAGAGACUAUUAUUACCUUACAUAUUCAACUAUUCAAAAAGAUGUUAUGACUUAUGGACCAAUUGAAGCGUCGUUUGAAGUGUAUGACGACUUUAUCAGUUACAAGUCAGGUGUUUAUGUGAAAUCGGAAAAUGCUACGUACUUGGGAGGACACGCUGUGAAGUUGAUCGGUUGGGGUGAAGAAUUUGGAGUCCCAUAUUGGUUGAUGGUCAACUCGUGGAACGAAGAUUGGGGCGACCAUGGUUUAUUCAAAAUCCGACGAGGCACAAAUGAAUGCGGAAUCGAUAAUUCGACAACUGGCGGUGUACCAGUAAUCAAUUAAUAAAUUAUGCUAUUCAUUCGAGAAUAUUGUCAUUUUUUCUUUUAUAUUUGAAUUAUUUGUAUUUACUCUUUAACGUUUUGUUCUCAUUGAUUUCUCACUGGACAUGAUUAUAUUUUCUAUAUAUUUCAGACCUUUAAAUCGUCGUAGUUAUAUUUAAUUAAUUACUUAUUCUAGUUUUACUUAGAAAAUAUCAAAAAUUAUAAACACUUAUCUUUUAUUGUUUCGAGCAAGAGCAUAUAGUCAUACAAAACCUUCAUCAUCGAAUUUUCGAGAAAUGUAUUCCCUUGCAUUAUGGUUGUAACUUUAUUGUUUAUCUACAAAGUAAUACUGUUUAAUGAUUAAAUAAUAAAUAAUAUUUAUAAUCUAAAUUAUACAAAAUUAACGCAUUGUAGAUACAUUCAUUAAUGUUCCAUUUGACUGUUAGAAUUCUAAAAGUAGCA